GGGGUGGAGCCCCGCCCCCUUCACCUCCUCCCCCUCAUCCCCUCCCUUCUGCCGCGUCACGACAGAAGUCACCUCGUUCGCUCUCAUCUCACUAGCACCCCUCACUCCGACUCACCUCGUCGCCACAAGCUACCCCUCACUCCUACUCACCUCGUCACCACAAGCUACCCCUCACUCCGACUCACCUCGUCGCCACAAGCUACCCCUCACAACUACUCACCUCGUCGCCACAACCUACCCCUCACAACUAGUCACCUCGUUGCCACAAGCUACCCCUCCUACUCACCUCGUCGCCACAAGCUACCCCUCACUACUGCUCACCUCGUCACCACAAGCUACCCCUCACUACUCACCUCGUCACCACAAUCUACCCCUCACUACUCACCUCAUCACCACAAUCUACAACUCACUACUACUAACCUCGUCAUCACAAGCUACCCCUCACUACUCACCUCGUCACCACAGUCUACAACUCACUACUACUAACCUCGUCACCACAAGCUACCCUUCACUACUCACCUCGUCACCACAAUCUACAACUCACUACUACUAACCUCGUCACCACAAGCUGCCCCUCACGACUAUUCACCUCGUCACCAGAAGCUAACUCCACACUACUACUCACCUCGUCACCACAAGCUACCCCUCACGACAUCUAAUCGCUACUCACCUCCUUACUACGAAAUAUUCUUCACCGGUUACAACAAGAUAGACCCGCUGACGACCUCCACUACCCCGCCGCUCACCAUCACGGCGAGUGCCCAUUAACAGGUCAAGACGGCGACCCGCCACCUCGUCACACACGCCACCUCGUCACACACGCCACCUCGUUACUAUCGUGCUCACGGAAUCCUCGUCACACACGGAGCUCGCCUGUUGCUAAACGCCUCCACUGCCCGCGACUGCACCGACGUUGCGCGCCACUCGCCACUCAAGUUCGUCGCUGCACGCAAUCGGCCUCGCUCAACCAUCGCCAAAUCAACGACACUCGCCACACUCGCCUCACUCCUCCACUCCGAUCGACAAGUCGCCUCGCUGCGACACCUUCGCCGCCUCCUCGUCGCGGACUGCGGAAUCCAGCCUCGGCUGGAGCACCGCCAGCUGGGAGGAGGAGGUGAAGGAGGUGGUGGUGGUGGUGACCACCAGUAGCAGAGAUGGGCUCCAUAUUCCGCAGCGAGGAGAUGUGCUUGGCCCAGCUGUUCCUGCAGGACGGCACCGCCUACAGCUGCAUGAGCGAGCUGGGAGAGAUGGGUCUGGUGGAGUUCAGAGAUUUGAACGCACAAGUGAGCGCCUUUCAGCGGAAGCACGUGGCGGACAUCAGGAGGUGCGAGGACAUGGAGAAAAUUCUCAAUUACAUCGAGAAGGAGAUCACGAAAGCCGGCAUCGUGCUGCCUCUGACCAGCGGAAAUCCCCGCGCUCCUCUGGCCCGUGACUUGCUGCAGAUACAGACGGAGUCGGAGAAGCUAGAGGGGGACCUGCGCGAGGUGAGCCGCAACCAGGACACGCUGCGGCGCAACCGCCUCGAGCUGGAGGAGUACUCGCACGUGCUGCGCAUCUCCGAGACUUUCCGGGACCAAUCCGAGGAGCAAAUUAUCGAGCAGGCACCCAGCGAGUACGAGGAAUUUCCGUCAGUGGAAAAGGAGCCGCUCGUGAACUCUGGGCUUGUGCAGCGCCUGGGAGCCCGACUAAGCUUCAUUGCCGGCGUGGUGCACCCGUGCAAGGUGGCGGCGUUGGAGCGGAUGCUGUGGAGGGCCUGCCGUGGCUACAUGGUGUUCCACCAGAUGCAGAUCCCAGAGCCUCUCGAGGACCCCGACUCGGGCGAAAAUGUGAACUGGUGCGUCAUCCUGGUGUCGUACUGGGGAGAGCAGAUCGGCAAUAAGGUCCGGAUGAUCUGCGAAUGCUACCACUGCCACCUCUACCCGUACCCAGACACGCAGAAGGAGAGGCGAGACUUGCUCAUGGGGCUGUUCACGCGCAUCGAGGACAUAAAAGUGGUGCUGCUGCGCACAGACGAUUACCUGCGCCAGAUGCUGCUGAAGGCGGUGGACAACAUCAGCACCUGGCAGCUACAGGUGCGCAAGACAAAGGCGAUCUACCACGCGCUCAACUUGUGCCGCUACGACGUCACGAACCGCUGCCUCAUUGCGGAGGUGUGGUGUCCCACGGCGGACCUGGCGGGCCUGCAAGACGUGCUGCGACAAGUCUCCAUCCAGGGCGGCGCGUCGCUGCCAUCAUUCCUGACGCGCAUUCCCACGCGCGAGUCUCCGCCCACGCUGUUGCGCACCAACAAGCUGACGGGCGGCUUCCAGGGCAUCGUGGACGCUUAUGGGGUCGGCAGCUACCGCGAGGUCAACCCAGCACUGUACACCAUCAUCACCUUCCCGUUCCUGUUCGCCGUCAUGUUCGGAGAUUUGGGCCACGGGAUUCUCAUGCUGCUCUUCGCGCUGGCCAUGGUCCUCAUGGAGAAGCGUUUGGCACCCAAGGCCGCUGAGAGCGAGAUCUUCGGCAUAUUCUUCCAGGGUCGCUACAUCGUGCUGCUGAUGGGGCUCUUCUCCAUCUACACGGGGCUCAUCUACAACGACUGCUUCUCCAAGUCGAUCAACCUCUUCUCCUCGUCCUGGAACGUGACGGCCAUGUACUCAUCCGGGCCCUGGACAACGGAAGUCGUGAGGGCAAACAAGCUGCUGAGUCUGGACCCCAAGGUGGAGGGGGUAUUUAGUGGACCCUACCCCUUCGGCAUUGACCCCAUCUGGAACCUGGCCGCCAAUCGCCUCACAUUCCUCAACUCCUACAAGAUGAAGAUGUCCAUCAUUCUGGGCAUGGUGCACAUGACCUUUGGAGUCAUCCUGAGUGUCUUCAACCACCGGUUUUUCCGUCGCCCUCUGGAUAUCUGGCUCGUGUUCAUACCGGAGAUGGUGUUCAUGCUCUUCCUCUUCGGAUACCUCGUGCUGAUGGUGCUCUACAAGUGGUGUGCGUGGGGUGUGGACGACGCGCAGACCGCUCCCAGCAUCCUCAUCAUCUUCAUCAACAUGUUCCUCUUCCGGCCCUCGUCCCGAGAAAAGGGCGGCCCGGGCCUGCUCUUCGCGGGGCAGGAGGGGCUGCAAUACUUCCUGAUGGUGGUGGCUUUGCUGAUGGUUCCUCUGCUGCUGCUGGGGAAGCCCUACGUGCUCUACCGCAAGCACAUGGUGCAGGCUCGGCACGGCGCCAACUCUCGUCGAGACGGGAGCUCGCAGCGCAUACGCAGGUACCAAGAGGAGGAGUACAUUCCGCUCAUCAACGAGACGGAUGAAGUGACCGUUUCCAUGUUGAUGCCGGAUGAGGACACCGAACCCGGUGCGGACGCCGGCACCGACACCGGCGCCGAGAAGUUUGACACCGGCGACACGUUCAUGCACCAGGCAAUCCACACCAUCGAGUACUGCCUGGGCUGCAUCUCCAACACGGCCUCCUACCUGCGCCUGUGGGCCCUGAGCCUCGCCCACGCAGAGCUGUCGGAGGUGCUGUGGAACAUGGUUAUGCGCACCGGACUGAAGCUGCCCAGCUCGGCAGGCGGGCCCCUGCUGUUGCCGGUGUUUGGGUUUUUCGGUACCCUCACCGUGGUGAUCCUGCUAUUCAUGGAGGGUCUCUCCGCGUUCCUGCACGCCCUGCGCCUCCACUGGGUGGAGUUCCAGAACAAGUUUUACUCUGGCAUGGGGUACAAGUUCGCUCCUUUCUCCUUCACAACGAUUCUGCUAAGAACCAGACACGCAUGAGGACUCGGUCUCUCCGGCAUCAUCAUCAUCAUAGCACCACCCGUUAAACGGGCACCUUCCCUUUUCCACAAAUUCAAAUAUCGCAACAUUUUUAGCGUUGCUUAUCCCGAGGUCGUUAAUUAUCGAGUGUCGUUGAUUGACGCUUCCGUUCUUUGGCUGCCGUAUUUAUGAUCGUUCAGACGUGCAAAGUGAAAGGGCUCUGGCGCAGUGUUGCGGAGAGUGCCCCUUGCGCUGUUUGUGCAGUAAAGUCGAUGGUGGAUGUUGUAAAACGUAGCCCAAAAAUAUUCUUUGUGCCAAAAGCUUUUUUUUCGGGAAUUAGGAUAAAAACAAACUGUAGGCAGGCAUGAUUAAUAAAAUAUAUUAAAUACGUGUAAACUAUAGUGUCUUGAGUUUUAGAAUAACGAAAUAUAUAUGCAUACAGGUGAUUUGUUUUUAACAAGAUUAUUUAAUUUCCUUUUAUUUUUGGAAGUGCAUUUUCUUGGCUUCCUGAAGCUGUGAAGACGACAGAGGUGUGAGGCGUACCGUUCAGAAAUUAUUUAAUCUUGCUCUAUUGACAAAGAAAAUUUGCAAUGUCCACAUUAAUGUAUAUGUAAUACCACGUUUGCAUGCACACAAGUGGCAUGUGGCAAGCGCUGUUCAGGUGUUCAGCCACUUCUGCAUCGUGCUUCAUACACGCCUGGCAUACAAGGCAAAGGUGCAGGGCUGCAAUUAUAAUGUUGACGCCACUGCUAGCGGAAGGACCUAGAGAGCCCCUCAAGGGGGUAUUCAGACAUCUUGAAAGAGGUGGGAGUAGCCACGCUAACCCCACCAAUCGCGACAUGCCGAUCGGCAACCUGGCGCGAGUUAACUUGAUGGAAAAAUUUAUUGUAAUGGAGGUGCUCCAUUCUGAACGCUUGAACUUGUCACGUUUUCUCUUCUGUAUUGCAUUGUGUCGAUAAACACCGAGUGUUUGUCUUUUGCCAGGGCAUGAAGAAUACACAGUCCAUGGGGGACCCUUACAAGAAUAUGGGGAUUCUAUAGAACGGGCUACAUAUGAAUUUGCUUUUGUUUGCAUGUGUAGACUAUCUUAAGAUUCCCUGCUGAGGCCGUGACACCAAUUGCAUCAGCCUUACUCAGAAAUCCAUAUUGUUUUUAGCAAUACAAGUGAAUGUACCCUUUAGAGUAUGCAGCGACUGACCCGUUGGGUCGACGUGGCAAACUUGUUCGCUCAUUCCUUGGUGUUCACAAAUUGUCGACUUGCCUUAUAACGUUUUGUAAAAAAGAUCCCGAGUACAGUACUGAGACCGAUCUCCAAAAACCCGUCGUGGAUUUUUGGAAGCUUGUGACCAGUUGCAUGAAACAGAAUAAUGACUUGCAGGGUUUUCUGCAGCACAACAAAAUGGUCUCUACGAAUACUAACUUCAUACCCAACUUGUUUUCGUAAACUUUGGAAGGGCCAUAAUCAAGACUUGGGAAGUUUACACAAAUUAACUGAAAACUAAAAGUUCUAAAAUGUCACCUGUCCGACGCGCUCUCGCGUCGUACCGCGUGUCGUGCGCUGCGACGUCCGACGUUUCGCUCCACGUGCUGAGAGCUCCCUCGGAAGCACAUCGGAGAUCUGUGUGGCACGACCAUGUGCAGUAGACGCACUCUUCAACGUUGUUCGAUGGACAUUGCGGCAAGGUUUUGAAGCCACACGCGACUUUUGGAAGGGUUCCCUUUGAUAAUGAGGUUGGUGGGUGGAUGGGGGAGAUCAUAAUUUGUAUUAUCCAAACGGUUACUAUUGCACUUGAAUUCAUGGGACCUGAUCACAUAACCCACAUCCCUGGGUCUUGCGUUAACGUCGGAGGUGAGACCUACUUUACGGAAUGGUUUUAUUUCGUGUCGUCGUGGAAGCGAAUUAAUAAAUGCUAUAAUAGUUACCGGC